UGUCGUCACUCUUCACUUUAAACUUAUAGAAUUGCGAAAUGAAUUUCUUUUUUCUAUUUCAGAAUCAUGAAAUUAAAUAGAAGAUAAAAACAGCCAAAGCCUCUCUAUACACACAUAACUAAAUACAGAGCCAAGUUGCUGCACAGUUGCUUAUCUCCACCAAGUCUUUUCUGCUCUAGUCUAGACUUUUCAUUUCUGAAGCUUAAUGGGAGAGGAGGAAAAGAAACCAGCUGCAGAAGAACAGAAACCAGAGGAGCCGAAAAAACCAGCGGAAGGUGACAAAGGUGAAAAGAAAGAAGAGGAAAAAAAACCAGCUGCUGAUAGUAAACCACCGGAUGAAGAAAAAAAAGAAGACAAAAAACCAGAUGAGGCUAAAGAAACCAAGGAUGAACCGCCUCCGCCGCCGCAAGAAAUCGUAUUGAAAGUUUACAUGCAUUGCGAGGGCUGUGCUCGCAAAGUUCGUCGUUGUCUCAAGGGUUUUGAUGGUGUUGAAGAUGUUAUAACUGAUUGCAAGACGAGUAAGGUGGUGGUUAAGGGAGAAAAAGCAGAUCCGCUUAAGGUUUUAGCUAGAGUUCAGAGAAAGAGCCACCGGCAAGUUGAGCUUAUUUCUCCGAUCCCAAAACCACCGUCUGAGGAGGAGAAGAAAGCGGCUGAAGAGAAAGAGAAACCUAAACCAGAGGAGAAGAAAGAGGAGCCUCCGGCGGUGAUAAUUGUAGUGUUAAGGGUAUACAUGCAUUGUGAAGCUUGUGCAAUGGAAAUCAAGAAACGGAUACUGAGAAUGAAAGGUGUGGAAUCAGCUGAACCGGAUCUAAAAGCCUCACAAGUAACCGUAAAAGGAGUGUUUGAGCCUCCGAAAUUGGUAGAUUACGUAUACAAAAGAACCGGCAAACAUGCAGAGAUAGUAAAACAAGAACCAGCCGAGAAAAAAGGUGACGGAGAAGAGAAGGGUAAAGAAUCCAAAGAAGAGAAAAAAGAAGACCAAGAAGCUGACAAAGACAAAAAAGGUGGCGAAAAUGAAGAUAACAAAGAAAAGAAAGACGGCGGCGGCGGUGGAGACGGUGGCGCCGCUCAAGGGGAAGCGAAACCAGAAGAUGCACAAACGGAAGAAGUUAAAAUUAUGGAACUGAAGAGAAUGGAAUAUCAAUACAAUUAUCCACCAAGGUAUGCUAUGGAGUUGUAUGCUUAUCCUCCUCAGAUGUUUAGCGACGAAAACCCCAAUGCAUGUACUGUUAUGUAAAAAGAAAAGGGGACCAGGGGUAAAAUUGGAAUUUCAAGAUGAGAAAUAUUUGAGUGGGUGAUAAUCUGCCCAUCAUCAAAUCAAUCCUCUCUCUCUCUCUCCUCUUUUUUUUUUACUUUCUCUCUCUAUAUACCCUUUUGUACUUUGUUGGUGGUGGUGAAAGUAUAAUCUACAGAUAAGCUGUAGAAUUUUGUGAAAA